AUGUUUGUGCAUCUAUCGAUCAAAUCAUUUUUAUACAAAUUUAUCCAGCAUUCAACUGAUCAACAUUAUAGUCUGUUCAUAUCUAUCAAUCUAUCUAAGUCUAUUAAUAUCUAUCUCAGUCUAUUCAUAUCUAUCUAUCUAUCUAUCUAUCUAUCUAUCUAUCUAUCUAUCAAUAUCAUUCUCAAUUUGUUCAUAUCUAUCAUUCUGAUUCUCUCUCUCUCUCACUCUCUCUCUCUCUCAUGCUCUCUCUCACUCUCUCUCUCUCUCAUGCUCUCUCUCACUUUCUCACUCACUCUCUCUGACACUCUCUCUCUUACACUCUCUCACUCUCUCUCUCUCUCUCAUGCUCUCUCUCUCUCACUUUCUCCUCCACUCUCUGACACUCUCUCUCUUACACUCUCUCACUCUCUCACACACACACUCUCUCUCUCUCACUCACUCCCUCCCUCUUUCUCUCUCUCUCCCCAUCUCCAAACCACCCACCCAUUGUUUCACUCAUUUUUUUGUCUUCAUUUUUUUUCUCACUUCCUCAACUUCUUCCUCUUCAAAUGCUUUCUUCUUCUUUUUUUUUAA